UGAGAGAGGGAGAGAGAGAGAGAGAGCAUGAGAGACGUGCUGUCAGAAUGAGAGCUAGAGGAGGAUAUGCAUCCAUUUCAAGACAAAAUGUCAGGCUUAUGUUAGUUUUUACCUUUCCUCACACACAGAUGCCUACUUUAAAUCGAUGCUGUUUACAGAUGGCUAAUUGCGCUUUCGCGAAGUUAUUAACGGAACGAGUGGAUGUGUAUUUCCAAAAAUAUUCAGCAGCGUAAAACAUCUUUUAGCGAUUUUCAUUUCGCACAUUUAUUGCGAUCAUUGUGCAGCUUGUAAACGCAACAGUCGAUUUUGUUCAAAUGAAGCUUGCCUGGUAUAAAUAGCGCGUGGUAGAAGAAACAGCGGAUCGUUUACUUCUGUAAAUCAAAACCUUUAAGUCAGAAAUCACAGCCUGUCGGCAACGAAGCGAACAGAAAUGAUGGCAUGAUUGUGACAACAUGAAAAAGAAAAAGUGUGAAGGAAUAUUUUUCCACUGCUUUUGAACCUGGAGACUGAUUGACAGACGGGAGAGUUGAGGACCAGAGCACAAACAAACCUGCUGGAGCCUGGUUGCCAUGGAUCCCCCUCCCUCUCUGAGUCUGGCCCUUCUCAGUGGGAGCGAAGACGACGAGCAACGUCCGUCCCUCCCCCUAAGUGGUAUCUCCCAUUCCUCCCUUUCUGGCAACUACCCCGGGACCAACCAUUCUAAUCACACGGGAGGCAACAGCAGCCUGGAACGUCUCAACGGCACCCCUUCACCCACCACGCCGAAUCUCCCCCCUGCAUCGUUGCCAAAACUCCCCCUGUCCACAACUCCCCAGCUGUCCACGCCGAUACCCAACGCGCUCCACCCCACCAGCACGCCACUCUCGUCCUGCUUAGGUAGCCAACACAGUCUGAGCGGAGAGACUUCACCUGUCUACAAUGCUUUGUUUUACUCCUCUCACUCACCUUCCACAGAACGAGAACGGGAACGUGAGAGAGGAUGUAAGCAUAGGCAGGCCAGCCCCCUGGUGCACAGGAGGGACAGCAACCCCUUUACGGAGAUCGCCAUGAGCUCGUGCAAGUACAGCGGUGGCGUGAUGAAACCCCUAAGCCGCCUUAGCGCCUCCCGCAGGAACCUCAUUGAGUCGGACAGUGGCAGUGAUAGCAAAGAGGGUGGGGCGAGUGCCAGCCAGGGUGCCGCACCCCCCUCCUCUCAGCAUAGCCAACCCCAGAACCCACCUGAGAUUGUUAUCUCCUCCAAGGAGGAUCCGCCUUACGGACAUGCUUAUGAACUCGAGGCCUCUGCCAAUCAAAUGUCCAUCUACCAUCAGAACCACGCCCUCUCUGAGAGUAGGGGCAUGUUGGGUGGCAUGACAGCAAGUGGGACUAAUGGUAGGAGGGGUGGUGCUGCUGCGGCAGGGGUAGGUAGGACCGCUUCCAAAGCUCAUAAACGUAAGAAUCAGAACAUCGGCUACAAACUGGGCCACAGGAGGGCGCUCUUCGAAAAGAGGAAGAGACUUAGUGACUAUGCCCUCAUAUUCGGCAUGUUUGGCAUUGUUGUCAUGGUGAUUGAGACAGAGCUGUCCUGGGGUGUCUACAAUAAGAGCUCCAUGUAUUCUUUGGCAUUGAAGUGUCUUAUAAGCCUUUCCACCGUCAUUCUUCUCGGACUAAUCAUCGCUUACCAUGCUCGAGAGGUGCAGCUUUUUGUCAUCGACAAUGGUGCGGACGACUGGCGGAUCGCCAUGACCAUGGAGCGCGUGCUGCUCAUCGCUCUGGAGCUGAUCGUUUCGGCGGUUCACCCGGUGCCGGGCGACUUCAAAUUCAUGUGGCGGGCGCGGCUGGCCUUCUCCUACGCUCCCUCGCAGGCGGAGGCGGAUCUAGACAUGGUGCUGUCUGUGCCCAUGUUCCUUAGACUCUACCUCAUCGCCCGAGUCAUGCUACUACACAGCAAGCUCUUCACCGAUGCCUCCUCUCGCAGCAUAGGGGCACUCAACAAGGUGCACUUUAACACACGGUUUGUGAUGAAGACUUUGAUGACCAUAUGCCCGGGUACGGUGCUGCUGGUCUUCAGUAUCUCCCUGUGGAUCAUCGCUGCUUGGACUGUAAGAGUGUGUGAGAGGUACCAUGAUGCUCAGGAUGUGACCAGUAAUUUUUUGGGUGCCAUGUGGCUUAUCUCCAUAACCUUCCUUUCAAUUGGAUACGGAGAUAUGGUGCCUCACACCUACUGUGGCAAGGGAGUGUGUCUGCUCACAGGAAUUAUGGGAGCAGGAUGUACUGCCUUGGUUGUUGCCGUGGUAGCCAGAAAGCUUGAGCUGACAAAGGCGGAGAAGCACGUGCAUAACUUCAUGAUGGACACACAGCUCACCAAACGGAUAAAGAACGCAGCGGCGAAUGUUCUACGAGAGACCUGGCUGAUAUACAAACACACCAAACUGAUGAAGAAGAUCGACCACUCUCGUGUACGCAAGCACCAGAGGAAGUUCCUUCAAGCCAUUCACCAAUUACGAAGCGUUAAAAUGGAGCAAAGAAAACUCAGUGAUCAAGCCAAUACUCUGGUGGACUUAUCAAAGAUGCAGAGCGUCAUGUAUGAACUGAUGUCGGAGCUAAACGACCGCAGCGAGGAUCUGGAGAGGCAGAUGUUAAGUCUGGAGCAGCGCGUGGAGCAAUUGACUGCCGGAUUUACCGCCCUACCCGCUCACCUGUCGGCAACGCUCAACACCCAGCACGCCGCACUCAUUCAGCUGCUGCGCGAGCGUGACGCCAAGGUCAUGAACCCUACCGUGCCCGCUGUGCUAUCACCCACCACUGCCAGCCUGCCACUAGCCAACCCACCGUCCAGCUCCAUCAUUACGCCGGCCCAGCUUGCCGAGGACAGCCCCAAGACCAGCACAUCCAGCUGCUGAGAGCGGCGGCCCUCAUGGAGAAAUGGACGAAUGAUGUGUGAUGUGAUUGCCUAAUCAUAUACAUACGUUCACAUGUGAUGCACUGUAACUUCAAGUAUUACGCAGCUUACGCCAGAGAAUAUCUCGUAAUGGAGAGGCUACCGUUUGCACAAAAUAACCCUAUGACAAAACUGCCAUAUUUCAUGUAGUCCACGAGAAGGACAAACUUAACUGUUAACAUGAAUGUAUACAUUUUAGGAGACACUGGCACAUACACAUACUACAUUUUAACAUGCAUGGACACACACUCACUCGAAUUAUGUCUUUGCUACCAAAGUGCUCUGUCUGUAGUUAACCUAAACAGACUUUUGUUGGAGGUGCAAAGGAAAUGGGGUGUUUAGAGAGAUACAGACAUAAAUAAUCAAUGCCUGCGAAUGUUAUUAUGAUUGACCAAUCAUUAUACAGUAGGUAUCUGGACAGCACUUUUUUUACGGUCUUAAAGAAGAGACUAACAGCCAUUUGAGCAAAGCAUUGUUUCAAAGCGUGAUGCCGAAGCCAGUCGAUGCAUUAUAAAACCACCGCAUCAAGGUGGAACAGCUGCUCAGACAGAAAUAACUGUAGAAUGAGUGAUUAUAGUCAUUUUCUGAGUGGAAUUGCUUCUAUUAUAAUGGGGUGUUGGAAAAAGAGACUAUUUUACUUCUGACCCCAUUUCAACGGAGACCAUUUUGAAAACUGACUAAUAGUGACAUCCUGUGGCCGGAAUACUGAAUUAUAUCCGCUUGGAAUAUUGUACAGUAUGCUAUUACUGAAACUUAGCUUUGUAUUGCUCAGUUUUUUACCAUUAAUUAUUACUAACGCAGUUAUAGCUCAUGUUUAUUACUAUAAGAUAGCGUUCUUCUCAUUCGUCAUGGAAAUUAUGAUUGCUGUAUAAAUAAGGAUUUUAUUAAUAUUAAUUAUAGAUAAGGGAGGUGCCGUUUGAGGUUGAAAUUAUUUUGUAAUUUUAUUUUACCAGAGAGAAUUAAUAAAGUAUAUAUCUAUA